GUUGUUAAUUGCUAAUUAACGACCAAUGAGCUCCGAUCUGCUGUGACCUCCAAUGGAUUCACAAAACUGGAAACACUCUCUCCUCUACAUCACUUUCCUCCUCGCAAUUCUCCACCUCACGCAGAACCAUUUCUGCCACAAGCUCUUCUUCGCCAACCAAACGGUGCGCGUCAAGAAGAACCCCGACCUCCCCCUCCGGUUCCGUUCCGACGGUACCUUCAAGAUCCUCCAGGUGGCUGAUAUGCACUACGGCACUGGAACUAGCGUGACACGGUGCAGGGACGUGUUGGCCUCCGAGUUCGAGUUUUGUUCCGAUCUUAACACCACUCGUUUUUUAAAGCGUAUCAUUCUAGCAGAGAAUCCUGAUUUUCUUGCCUUUACUGGAGAUAAUAUUUUCGGAUCAAGUUCACCCGAUGCUGCAGAGUCUCUGUUUAGAGCCUUUGGCCCUGUUAUGGAAUCAGGACUUCCUUGGGCAGCAGUGUUGGGAAACCAUGACCAAGAAUCAACUAUGGAUCGUGAAGAGUUAAUGUCUUUAAUCUCUCUUAUGGAUUAUUCAGUCUCACAAAUCAAUCCAUCGGAUGAUGAUCUCAUUAAUCCUUCUAAAGGUGGUGUGAUGACUAAAAUUGAUGGCUUUGGGAAUUAUAACCUAAGAGUGUAUGGUGCCCCAGGGUCCAUGCUGGCAAACAGCACUGUUUUGAAUCUUUUCUUUCUUGAUAGUGGAGAUAGGUCUGUUUAUCAGGGAAUUCGAACUUAUGGAUGGAUCAAGGAGUCUCAACUUAAUUGGCUUCGUCGUGUUUCUCAUGAAUUCCAGGGACAAAAGCGGGAUCCUCUUCACCCUACCGAUGCUAUUUCCACAAUGAAACCCCCAGCACUUGCAUUUUUUCACAUCCCAAUCCCAGAAAUUCCACAUCUGUUCUACAAAGAGAUCAUAGGGCAGUUUCAAGAGGCUGUGGCUUGUUCGCGAGUGAACUCGGGGGUCUUGCAGGCCUUUGUCUCCAUGGGAGAUGUGAAGGCUGUGUUCAUAGGCCACGACCACACCAAUGACUUUUGUGGAAACUUGGAUGGCAUAUGGUUUUGUUAUGGUGGUGGCUUCGGAUACCAUGGCUAUGGGAAAGCAGGGUGGCCAAGAAGAGCAAGGAUUAUACUUGCUGAACUUCAGAAGGGAAAGAAGUCCUGGAUGGACGUGCAGAGAAUCAUGACUUGGAAACGCCUUGAUGAUGAGAAGAUGAGCAAGAUUGAUGAACAAAUCCUAUGGCAGUCUAGAUGACAAUGCUACUAUUGCUUCGCUGUUACACGUACACACAUGGCACGAUGCAUGUUAUAUCUGUGUUGUUCACUUUAAUAGUAUUAAUUCAGUAUUUUUUUACAUCUUUUUGUUUAUUACUAUUCUGUAUUCCUCUUGCAAUUAUGCUUUAAUAUCGUGCUAAACACUCAUUGAUUUGUUAGUGACUGUCAGAGUCUGUAAAUUGUAUCAUUCCACGAACAUGGAAACUAAAUAUCUUAUUUGAUCAACGGGUGAUUGGAUCAAAUGGUACAUGAUUUUCUUUAAAUGAAGCCCUACGUUCGAUCUUUAUA